AUGAAAGGCUCAAAUAGCUCAAUCGAGGUAGAUGUUGAUGCCAUGCGGGAGCGUUUGAAAUCCGUUGAACAGCGUUUCUCUGAUGUCUCUACGUCUUUCAAAAGACUUCAGGCUGAGAAACUUGCAGCCGACAAAGUACUUCAGGAGCUCACGCCGGUACAGACCCUACGAGAUGUAGAUGGCCUUCGAGAUUAUCUGCAAAACUUCACUCUUAAGGUGGAAAUAUCUCAAGACGAAAUAAGGCGUCUUAACGGGAAGCUUACGCGCCAAGAAGAGCGAAUCGAAGAGCUGCGCGACACUCAUCGCCUGGAAUCCCAAUCUCAAGUCGAUCUCGUUGACACUCUUCGAAAACAAUUGGAGGAGGCUGGAUCGCUCAUUAAUGCCGUCCGAGCUUCCUCCGCGCUGACGGAGGCCGACGCUGCGAAGCAAAAGAUGGAAAUCGAAAAGCUUCAGGCCGAGCUUAGCAAGGCCAAAGCGUCUGCUAAGGAUGAGGAGGAAAAACGGACGAAGGCUAUCAGUCUGUUGAAGACGGUGAGACAAAAGCUGGUCAAGUCGGAAAAGGAGCGAGACGACGCCGUAAAGGAGUUGAAUAUGGUGAAGGAGCAAGAGAGAGGCGAGCGGGAAAAGGAUCAUGCCGAGCGCCUUCGAUUACAAGGCGAAGUAGACAAGGCGAAGGCAGAUAAGGAAACGAUGGUGAUAAACCUUCGAGCACAGUUCGAGAGGGAGACGGCCGCACUCAAGGAGAAGAACGAGAGGGAGCUAUUGGCGAUGAAGGGUCAACUCGAACUAGAGGCUAUCACAGUAAAGGCUUCCCAUGACCAGAUCGUCGUUGCCAAGAACGCCCGUAUCGCUGGUCUCGAAAAAUCGGUUCAAAGCUUAUCAUCAGAAAAGAAUACCCUAUUUGACCAGCUGCAGCUUCGUCAAGCCGAAUUAGAGUCGUCGCAAUCUCAUCUCGAGGUCCUGCAGAGCCAGAACACGGAGUUGCAGUAUCAACUUCGGGAGAGUAGCGACCGAAUCUCGCUACUGACUGAGGAACUCAUCGACUCGCGACGGGAACAAGAAUCCAGAGCCCGCGGAGUAUCGUCGUCUGCAGAAGACGUUGCACGACUUCUCUAUUCCACGGAGGCCAAGUAUGAAGCUAAAUUGUCCGACCUGAGGCGCAAGCUAGCCACUGUCGAGGCAGAACGGAACGAGAUCGAGUCAGAGUUAGGUCAAAAGCUAGAGGGAAAGACCAGGGAGGCGGAGAAAAUCAAGAACAGUAUUGACGACUCUGUGAAGAGUCAGCAGAAUCUGGAAGAGGUCAUUGGCGAGUUGCAGGCGGAGAUUGAGAGAUUGAAGGAGGAGACAAGGACGUAUAGGACGCAGAUUUCGCAGUUACAAGCUGACGCUGAUCAAGUGGCACACAUCGAAUCUGUCGCGAAGCAACAGCAUUCCGAGUUGAGCGAGAAGGUCGCUGCUCUGGAAAGGCAGAUCGAAGAAACUAGGGCGAAGGAAUCGCAGGCGCGAGCUCACAACAAGACUCUUAGAGACGAACUUCGUAAAGUACAGUCGUCAGCAGCAUUGUUGGAACGCCAAAGAAAUCCUGGUGUCGGAUACUGGGGUUCAACUCGGUCAGAAAGCGUUGCAGAGAACCAGCGGCCUGGCUCUCCUGCCUUGUCUGGGGUGCCGUCGCGCGUCAGUUCACCGCAACCUGCCAUGCCGCCAGCAUCCCCUUCCAAUGACGAGGAGGUUAAUCUUGAAUAUCUCAGGAACGUCAUACUGCAGUUCCUCGAGCAUAAAGAGAUGAGACCUAAUCUCAUUCGUGUGCUCUCUAUCAUUCUCCACUUUACCCCUCAAGAAACCCGUAGACUGAUUGCAAAGGUUUGA